AUGGAUGGAAACAUUUCUGAUUCGCGGCUCAACUUCAAUAUCAAACUUCAAAGGGAAGAAGUGACGAUUACACAAAUACAUAAUUGCUUUUCCUCAUUCUUUCAUAUUCACAAUCACUUCAAUCCAUCAAGAAGAAUCCUUCAUCCUCUCAUCACACUAUCCUCACCAUGUUGCACGAGAAGAACAUCCCUGACGAGCACCACAUCCACAGAACGGGAGAGUGGCUGCCUCAUGACCACCGAGCUCACCAAGAUUGGCUUGGAGGAGUCAUUGACCAUGUCGACAAAAAUCCCAAGAAGCUACAUCUUGUAGUCGAAGAAUUCAAGGACCUCAUCGAAAACAACACCAGAAUAUGGCUUCUGUUUUCGUCCAUGUUCGAGCAGAUCCCCGGAAAGCAGCCAUACAGUAAUGAUCCUCAGGGAAAGGGCCAUCCUACUGUCCGUGACCACAUUCACAUGCUGCAAGUCAUCAACCACAUCCUCACCACCGCACCGUCCUGGAACGACAAGUCCGAGCGAGUCGGCUUGGUGGGACUCCCAUUCAACGCAUUGUUCGACUGGCCCAUGGGCACUAAGAGUGGCUUUGCCGUUUUUCUCGAUCCCGAUGUGAAUAAAAUGCUCAAAAAGGUCCUGAAUGCCUGGGGCGACUUCCUCAAGUCAGAACAUUCGGCUUACGUGCUCGACGAGGACUCCAAGGUCAGCUGGUUUAGCGAGCACGGCCACGACGAACUGCAAUACACGGCAAACAUUGGCAAAACCAAUAAGAAGUUCGAGGAGCUGUUCCAGUGCGACCCGUCUGCGCCACGCAUGGGAUACAAGUCGUGGGAUCACUUCUUCACACGUCUUUUCCGUGAGGAAGCCCGACCAGUUGCUAGCCCUGACGACGACAACGUGAUUGCCAAUGCCUGCGAGUCCAAGACGUACAACGUUGCCCGUGACGUCAAGUUUCGAGACAAGUUCUGGCUAAAGGGACAACCAUACUCGGUCUACGACAUGUUGGCUCAAGAUCCACUUUCGGACCAGUUCGUUGGGGGCACCGUGUACCAGGCUUUCCUGAGUGCGUUGAGUUAUCACCGCUGGCACGCGCCCGUGUCUGGAAAAGUGGUCAAGGCUCACGUGGUGGACGGCACAUACUACUCGGAACCUCAAUUCGCGGACUUUACAGAAGAUCAUGCGGCGGAUCCUCAGGGACAGACUACUAGCCAGGGGUACUUGACGGCUACAGCGACCAGAGCGAUCAUAUACUUUCAAGCUGACAACCCGGCGAUUGGACUGAUGGCUUUCUUGGGCGUCGGCAUGUGUGAAGUCUCGACUUGCGACAUCACGGUCAAGGAAGGCGAACAUGUUAAGAAGGGUGAUCAGAUCGGCAUGUUCCACUUUGGUGGAUCGACUCAUUGCCUGAUGUUCAGAAAGGGAGUGCAGGUUGAGGGCUUCCCUGAUCCUCAUCCCGAGCACAACAUUCCUGUCAGAAGUGAGAUUGCUCGCGUGAAGUCGGGUUGAGAGCAGGAGUACCAAUAUCGUACUUGAGCCAAUCGAUGGGCAAUAAGUGAACACAAUGGUCGCACCACGAAUGGGUCGGCUGGAUAUGAACUUGAUAGAGCGUCACAAAGCGUCAAUAAAAGAAGGCGUUAGCAAAUGACGUCAGCAUAGAUACAGUAAGACAAUAAAAAGGCUGUCCACGUGACUUUUUUCACCUCAAGCAAUUUCUCUCUUCGCUUUUG